GGCCGUCAGCGAUUUGGCGAAAUGACGAGCGAGUCGUCCGCGUUUACGCUCAUCAGCGAUGAUUCGAGCGAGUCGCCGACCUCGCAAGAUCUCAGAACGGCGCUCGUGGGAGCAACCGACGAGACCAAAUUCGAGAUAUUGCGCAGGAUCAUCGUCUCGUCGCUCAAUGGCAAUCCUCACCCGACACUGUUGAUGCCCAUCAUUCAAUAUGUCCUGCCGUCAAAGUCGAAAGAGAUCAAAAAGCUGCUCCACUUUUACUGGGAGAUCUGUCCCAAGCAUGAUGAGAACGGCAAGCUCAAGCAGGAGAUGAUCCUCGUCUGCAAUGCUAUCCGCAAUGAUCUCCAACAUCCCAACGAAUACAUCCGAGGCGCGACAUUGCGAUUCCUGCAGAAGAUCAGAGAGCCCGAGCUACUCGAGCCGCUCAUUCCGACAUGUCGCUCCUGUCUCGAACACCGACAUUCGUUCGUUCGCAAGAACGCCGUCUUUGCGGUCUACCAGAUCUACAAGAGCUUCGAACAUCUCAUCCCGGACGCGCCAGAGCUCAUACAGACCUUCCUAGCAGCUGAGACGGACUCAACAUGCAGAAGAAACGCAUUCGUCAUGCUGAUACAUUGUUCUGUUCCCCGCGCGAUAGAAUACUUCAACCAGAUCUACGACUCAAUCGCCAACUUGGACGAGCUCCUGCAACUUGCCGUCAUUGAACUCAUCCGCAAGGAUAUCAAGGACUCCAAGUCGGAAACCCCACAGAAACCUCGCUACAUCCGCGCCGUUUUCGAAUUACUCGCGAGCACGAGCCACAGCGUCAAGUACGAGGCUGCGAGUCAGCUCACUACGCUCACCCAGAAUCCUGCAGCUGUCAAAGCUGCCGCAGCAUGUUUCAUCGAGCUCAUAUUGAAGGAGUCGGACAACAAUGUCAAGCUCAUCGUACUCGAGCGCGUCGAAGUGCUGCGCUCAAAGCACGAGUAUGUGCUCAACGAUCUCGUCAUGGACAUCUUGCGCGUCAUCUCCAGCCCAGACAUGGAAGUCAAACGGAAAGCACUUGCCCUCGCGCUCGACAUGGUCUCGAGCCGCAAUGUUAGCGAGGUCACAUCUUUCCUCAAGAAAGAGCUUCUCAAGACGCUCGAUCAGCAACUUGAGAAGAACCUCGAGUAUAGACAGUUGCUGAUUCAGUCGAUCCAUACUUGCGCCAUUCGCUACUCUGAAGUCGCGAGCAACGUCGUGCAUACCCUCAUGGAGUUCCUAGGCGACUCCAAUACGACCUCUGCCGUCGAUGUCAUUGCGUUCGUGCGCGAAGUCGUCGAGAAGUUCCCAGAUCUGCGCGUCUCCAUUGUCGAGAAGCUUUUGCAGACAUUCGGGGAGAUCAAGUCUGGCAAGGUCUUCCGGGGAGCACUAUGGAUCUCGGGCGAAUAUUGUACAUCUCUCGAAGGCAUCAACGAGACGAUGCUCCAGAUCCGUAAAGUACUGGGCGAAGUACCCAUGCUUGCUGCAGAACAGCGUUUGCUCGACGAAGCCGAAGCAGCUGCGCAAAGUCAAGCCGAUCCCAGUGUAGACAGCAAACCGACGACAACGACGACCACGCGCGUGCUCGCAGAUGGGACCUAUGCAACAGAGACAGUUUACUCGGAUCCAUCUGCGCAAAUCAGACUGGCGGCGGUCAAGUCCGCUUCAAAGCCCCCUUUGCGAUCGCUCAUUCUUGGCGGCGAUUUCUAUACAGCUUCUGUGCUAGCCUCCACAUUAACGAAGCUUGUGCUUCACUUUGUCGAAUUGUCUAGUGAUCAUUCAGCGAUCAAUGCGCUCAAAGCGGAAGCCAUGCUCAUCAUGACAUCGCUCAUACGCGUUGGACAGUCCCAAUUUGCGGCCGUUCCUAUAGACGAAGAUUCUGUCGAUCGCAUUUCGACCUGUCUACGCUCUGUUGCCAGCGUCCAGCCAGCUGUCAAGCAGGUCUUUUUGCACGAUACCCAAGCAGCCUACGCGCAGAUGGUUGCCCACGAAGAGACAAAAGCAGCCGAGAAGCGCGCAAAGGAUUCCAAGGCGACGGCAGUUCAAGCUGACGAUCUGAUCACCUUCAGACAGCUCUCGAAGAAGGCCGGCGGUGAUGCCGAUGAAUACGAUCUGGACCUCACCCGCGCGACCGGCGCAGCAGAAGCCGUCAAAGACGACUUCAUCUCGAAACUCAAUCGCGUCGUGCAGCUCACUGGCUUCUCUGACCCUGUUUAUGCCGAGGCCUACGUCAACGUCCAUCAGUUCGACAUUCACUUGGAUGUACUGGUGGUCAAUCAGACCGUCGAGACACUGCAGAACUUAUCUGUCGAAUUUGCCACCUUGGGCGACCUCAAGAUCUCGGAGCGACCGGUGCAGUAUACGCUUGGUCCGCAUAGCUUCCAGAGCAUCAAAGCCACUAUCAAGGUCUCCUCGACAGAGACUGGCGUCAUAUUUGGUAACAUCUUUUACGAUGGCCCUUCGACUUCCGACAGCCAUUGUGUUGUGCUCAACGACAUCCAUAUCGAUAUACUCGACUAUAUCAACCCGGCGCACUGCAACGAGGCACAAUUCAGGAGCAUGUGGACCGAGUUCGAGUGGGAGAACAAGGUCAAUGUCAAUACUUCGAUUGCUGAUCUCCGUCAGUAUCUGGCGCAUAUCAUGUCUGCCACCAACAUGGCUUGCCUGACCAACGAUGCCGCUCUCAAGGGCGAUUGUGGCUUCCUGUCCGCCAAUCUCUACGCCAAGUCACUCUUUGGUGAAGAUGCUCUAGCCAACCUAUCGAUCGAAAAGCUUGCAGACGGUACGCUCAGUGGACAUGUCCGCAUACGCAGCAAGACGCAAGGUAUCGCUCUCUCGCUUGGAGACAAGAUCAGUCUUCUCGCGCGUAAUCCUCAAACUGCGACGUAGCGCCUGUAUGACUUUACGACAUUGCAUUGAUAAAUCAGCCGAUUUUCAGUGC